GGUUUAAGAUAGUUAAUGUUUUCUGUUGUAAAAGCAUUUAGAGAAUAUACAGUGUGUACUUGCUAGCUAAUAGAAUGGCAACCGUAGAUCAGUUCAAAACACUUUUAAAGCAUGCUGAAGACCUCGGUAUUGGUUGGGAGCAGUUAAACAGACUUAAUUCCGUCAGAGCGAUAAAGAACGAUGGAAAGAAAUGGCACCAACGGUAUUCAAAGGUUCUGUACGCUGGCUUGGUAGUUUUAUUCAGUAUUAGCCUUCCGUCUUUGUAUCGCCUUACUGAUGAAUCGGGAGUAUCAGAUGAUUUAGAACCUCACCCUUUGAGUGAUUGGAAAUGCAUUCUGCCCAGUGCAGUUUUUUAUAAACUUCUUCGUCUCCCAGUAGACUGCAAUGCUUGCAAAGAUGUAACUGAAAUUUUGUAUCUAAAUAAUAUAACACAAAGAGAAUUCACUGAGAAAUACGCACACAGCAUGCAGCCUAUCGUCGUACAAGAUGGCCAGAAAGGCUGGACUGCAAGCAAAACUUUCAGCUAUGAAUAUUUUAAAAGCGUAUACCCCCCAGGAUCCGAGGCGCUUGCCCAUGUUGUAGACAAAUGUCAAUUUUUCCGCUACAACUCGAAUAUGUCUGACGCUGAUGAACUUUUUACCAUGUCUCAAAACCGAUUAGAAGGGAAAGAAGACCAUUGGUACAUUGGAUGGAGCAACUGCGAAGGUCAUGCAGCCAACGAACUCAGAAAGCAUUACAAACUACCUUACUUUUUGUCCCCUGAACUAGAUCACAGUAACACUGAUUGGAUUUUCAUGGGGUUACCAGGACAAGGAGCAUCAAUGCAUGUUGACUUUGUUCCUGGGGGAUCUUGGCAAGCACAACUAAGCGGUACGAAGGAAUGGACCUUUGAAACACCUCCGGAGUGUUACGGUAUAUGCACGUCUAAGAUGAUGGUGAGGGUCAAGCCAGGGGAAAUAAUUGUUCUUGAUGGCAACAGAUGGUUUCACGAAACACAUAUUCUUGGGAACGAUUUGAGCAUAGUGAUUGGAUCAGAAUAUUACUAGAGAUACAUAAAAGAACAGAUCGUGUUUUGAAUAAAAAAGAAUACCCAUUUAUCGCAGAAAUUUUAUGGUCUACUGUCUUUUGUGUUUUUUGUUUUUUUCUAUGCACUGAUAAGAGUAUCCGCUGUGCCUUUUCAAUUUCUGAAGUGUUACAUUCCGAGUAAUUAUUACAGUCCUCACGGACACGC